AUGGCACCAGGUAGUAUCGAGAUUCGUCACGAAGAGCUCAGCAUAGAGCAGGGCGAGCAUCACCAGAGUGCACCAGUGAGCAAAAGCUCGGACGACCUGCUUGGCAGGCUCAGUCACGAAGUCUUCAAGUACGAUUGCUUGGACCGUAGACUAAAACGACACCAUGUCACCGGAAUCGCAUUCUCGGGUGCUGUUGGUGUUGGCCUAUUCCAAACUUCGGGACAGAUCAUCGCGUUAUCUGGUCCUGUCGGUGCUUUACUAGCGUACCUAUUCGCAGGUCUGACGAUUUUCGCGGUUAUGCGAUCGCUCGCCGAGAUGGCUAGUAUCAGACCGAUUGCUGGAGCAAUCAUGGACUAUCCGGACGUCUUUGUUGACGAGGCUCUGGGGUUCGCAGUGGGUGUGACGUACUGGCUGGCCAACUGCAUGAGCUUGGUGACUCUGACCAUAGCGGCGGCAAUGUUCACACAGUACUGGGGCCCAGGAUUCGGCAUUGCUCCAGCCACAUUCGUGUUGCUCCUAAUUAUCAUUUUGAUGAACGCGUGUGGUGUGCGGAUCUAUGGAAACUUAGAAUGGACAUUCAAAUGGAUCAAGAUCCUGCUGAUUCUUCUCGUCUGUUUCUCCAUGAUUGCGAUCAAAGCUGGGGCUGGUCCAAAGCCAAUCCAUAGUAAUUUUGAAAUAAGCCCAGGCUAUAACUCCACCGGCUUCUUCGAAGGCGGUGCUACAAUUGCCAUACCUGGCACUGGAGGUCAAAUCAUGGCUGUUUGGACAUGCCUAACCAUCGCAAUGUUCCAAUUUAUGGGUGGUGAGAUAGUAUUAGUAACAGCAGCAGAGGCGGAGUCCCCACGCCGGGACUUGCCCACAGCAGCACGAUACAUGUAUCUCUUACCUGUGAGCUUGUACCUCGUUGUGAUCUUCUUUGUGGGACUUUGCGUCAAUUACUUGGAUCCCAGACUCCCGCAUCCGCAUGUGGAGUACUACUCACCAGGAUCUCGUCUUGAUGGCAUCACCACCGGUACCAGAAGUCCCUUCGUCAUAGUGAUUCAGAAUGCUGGAAUCUCAGGACUUCCAGGCUUUCUCAAUGCAGCCUUCCUGUUCUCGGCACUCACUGCUGCUAACUCUGCCCUUUAUGUUUCAAGUCGGACAGUCUUCUUUCUUGCACGAAAGAGCUCAUUCAAGUUCAUCAAGGAGACCGUGGGGCGGACUAACAAUGGCCAUACACCACUCGCGGCGAUUGUAAUCAGUUUCGUGCCUGGAGUGUUGGCAUUCCUCGCGAUUGGGGCGGCCAAAACGGAUGUCCAAGAGGUUUGA